CCCUGGCGAGCAGAUGUGCGCUGGUUUGAUCCCCGGCUCAUUGAGGAGAGAGACCGGGCCGAGGACACACGCUGCUGCCGCGUCCGCUGUGCCUCAGACCCGCUGCACUCCACCGGGAUGGUCCCCUGCGGACAGCAGUGAACCCUCAGGAGACACUGUCCUCUCCGUCAGUCCCCCGGGACACCGAUGCGCCUCCUGCCGGCCGUGGCCUCACGCCAGUGUCUUUGUUCGGCGGGGACAUCUGUCCUUCAGCCGCAGCAUGGAGCAGCCGGAGCGGGAGCAGCGGUCCGAGGACGACACGGAGUUCGAGGACGAGGAGGUGGACCCCAGAAUCCAGGGGGAGCUGGAGAAACUCAACCAGUCCACUGACGACAUCAACCGAUGCGAGACGGAGCUGGAGGACUCGAGGCAGAAGUUCCGCUCCGUUCUGGUGGAGGCCACGGUGAAGCUGGAUGAACUGGUGAAGAAGAUUGGCAAAGCCGUGGAGGAGUCCAAGCCUUACUGGGAGGCCCGGCGGUUGGCCAGACAGGCGCAGCUCGAGGCCCAGAAGGCCACGCAGGACUUCCAGAAGGCCACCGAGGUUCUGCGGGCGGCGAAGGAGACCAUCUCCCUGGCCGAGCAGAGGCUCCUGGAGGAGGACAACCGCCAGUUUGACUCCGCCUGGCAGGAGAUGCUGAACCACGCCACCCAGCGGGUGAUGGAGGCGGAGCUCACGAAGACGAGGAGCGAGCUGCUUCACAAGGAGACGGCGUCAAAGUACACGGCGGCGAUCGGUCGCAUGAAGCAGCUGGAGAAGAAACUCAAACGCACCAUCAACAAGUCCAAGCCCUACUUUGAGAUGAAGGCCAAGUACUAUCUGCAGCUGGAGAACCUGAAAAAGAACGUGGACGAGCGACAGGCCAAGCUGUCUCAGGCCAAAGGCGAGUACAAGACGGCCCUCAGGAACCUGGAGAUGAUCUCUGACGAGAUCCACGAGCGACGGCGGAGCUCCUCCAUGGGCCCGCGGGGCCGAGGCGUGGGCGCCGAGGGCGACAGCGUCUCCGGGGACGACAUCUCCAGCUUCAAAAUGGAGUCUGAUGGAAUAUCCAUGGCGUCGGUGUGUUUCGAUGAUGACGCGUGCGGCGGCGGCGGCGGUGGCAGCAUCAUGUCUGAAGAAGACUCGGAGACACAGUCCACCUGCAGCCUGGGUUCGACUCCCAGCAGCCCACAGGAUCUCAUGUCGCCCUGCCCCUUCGCCAGCUCCUCCUCUUCCUCGUGCACGUCCUCCUCCUCCGACUCCCCAUCACCAACGCCCUCCUCCUCGUCCUCCUCCUCCCCUGCCCCCCCCUCCAGGCCCAGCAGUCUGGAUCUCCCCAGCACCGUGUCGCUGUCGGACUUCAGCCUCAUCUCGCCGGUGCUCGGGCCUCGCAGCGCGUGCAGCGGAGCGUCGUCGCCCGAGUGCGACUUGGAGAGAGGUGACCGUGCAGAGGGAGCAGAGGGGGAACUGGAUAACGCUCCCGUCACCACCACCACCAACAACAACAGCAGCAGCACUAGUUCGCUUCCCGCCACCAAGAGAACCUUCAGCCUGGAAACACGCUUCAGCUUCCUGAACCUGCGACGCCCUCGCCCCGACAGCACGAAGAAAACAGACGGCUGCUCCCAGAAGGCCGAGCAGUCUGGGUUCAUGGUCAAAUGAGUCCGACGGACAAAGAGAGAACUCGUCAGCCUCGACGGAUUCUGACUCAACGAUAAACGAUUACGAGCCGGAACUCCACCGUGUGUUGGAGAUGUGUUGGCGAUGGACUAAAGAUUAUUGUUUGUGUUAUUUUGUCACCGGACAGCUGAAGUGCUGCACGGACCUGAGGAGCACUGUUAAAUAGUUGGUGUUCGAUGGCUGUUCCACCACAGAGGAGACGUUCUGCUCGGUUCUACAGAACGUGGAGAUGUUCAAUUAAUAAGUUGGACUCUGAGUCCAUAUGUGAUCUGUCGUAUUGUCCUGAAGUUGUGUGUGAAUUGUUCAGGCUUUGCCGUUGUGAUCCUUCAAAUGUCAAAGCUGCAGAUGAGAGUAUAAAUACACAUGAAUAGCUGAAUGUGAUUGGGUAACGUUUACUUCAAGUCGCUCUACUCAGCACUGACGAGCAGUAAAUACACGAUAUCAGAUCUGAUCUGAGUCGAAAACAAUAAAUAAACAGAUAAUUAAUCAGAGCAACAUCAGCUGUGAUAUAAGUUAAUGUUAUAAUCGGUUAAAUUGAAUUCAUAUUUAAUUGAAUGUUCUGUUUCUAAAUGCUGAAUAGUGGGACUUCAAAGUAAAGUGUUGCUGUCCUCUCUGCUUUAAAACGACAUGUGACUUCUGCUUCUCUUACAAAAGAAAAGUUGAAUUCAUAAUUAAUAAAACCGAAUCUUAUUUAAAUCAAUAACCUGGAGCUCGGCUGCAGCGGCGUCAUUGGGUCUUUGGCUGAAGUUUGCUCGUGUACGUUGUUGACGUGUUGCUGUGUAACUUCUGAAAGACGACAUAUUGUAAAAGAUUUCUUCUUUUUACGAAUGAAAAGUUAAAUUAAUAAAAAAUAAAACACU